AUGGAGAACUUCCCGACACUAGAACAGGCCGCGCGAGGGCGGCAAGGUGAUCCUAUGCGCCAUCCCCACGGCGGAGGACAUCACGGACCCAGCCCGCCGAGCAACCCGCAGCAGCAACAACCGCAGCAGCUGCAGCAGCCUCAGAUCCCCCCGGCUUCCGCUAUUCCGCUUCUUGAGCCCCAGGGCCCUCCUCAGCUGCCUCCCCAGCUCUUUACGACUGCGGCACAGCUACUAGACUUGACAGACAAGAAGUUGGUGUUGGUUCUGCGUGAUGGCCGCAAGUUAAUUGGAGUAUUGCGAAGCUGGGACCAAUUCGCCAACAUUGUACUGCAGGACACUAUUGAACGACUAUACGCCGAGAAUCUGUAUGCUGACAUCCCUCGUGGAGUGUUUCUGGUCAGAGGAGAGAACGUAUUGCUUCUUGGAGAGAUUGUACGUCAAUGUCCCUGCAAAGAUACCAGCCUCCAACCACUAAUUAUGUCUCCAAUGCAGGACCUCGAUAAAGAUGAUGACAUCCCAGAGCCUUACCGACAAGCACCUGCGUCCGAAGUCCUCAAGCUAAAGAAGCAGGCCGAGGAGCGGCGGAAACGCAAGGACAAGAGGCGAAGCACGCAUUUGCAAGCCCUCGGGUUUGAGCCUGAGCACAGCGGAGAGAUUCUCUUCUGA